GAAGAAAUGUAUACAAACUUCAUGUGGAUUGUUGAGGGAGAGCAGGACAAGGGAUUGCUUGUUCAUAUCGACUCUAUUCGUAUUCCCGAGGAAAAUUACCAAGGCUACGAUGGUGUCAAUAAAAUUGGACUUUUCCUUUCCGAAGCCAUGGACAAUCCAAACGUGAACUUUGUCCUGAAUAACGGCCGACCAGGAAGUGUCAGAGUGGCUGGAUUCAUUCCACCAGCCGACAUCUAUCUACCGUACUCGAGAAUGGAAGUGUCAUUCUUUGCGCCUCCACGAAGUGAAUUCCGACUGGAAUGGAAGGUUGUACCGAAAAGAAAUGCGAAUUAUACGGAAGAAAUGGACCAGAAGAAUGCUACAAGGGUCUACACUUGCGGAACCACGCUGGUACCAACCUGGGAAUGGCAAGAAAUCAGCAACCCAACUGCUCCUGGAGAAACGAACUAUGAGAACAAUUUACAUUGUAAAUGGACUAUAGAAAGACCUAUAAUGACUGGAUUGCGCGUCAGGGUGAGGAUCUCGUUGGUGGCUUGA